UAGUUGGCAAGUGCAGCUGCUGCCUGAAAAUCCUUCAGCUCUGCCGAGAUCGCUGAAGUGCACUCAAGCCUACCUUCGGACACCAGACCAGAGAGGAACCGCAGAGCUGCCUCGGUGGAGGAGUCGUGGAAACUUUGCUGAGUCCUCGGGCCUCCGGCGCAGCGCGAUGCCGGCCUCGUCCACCAUCCACGUGCUGCAGCUGCUGCGGGAGCUGCUGGCUUUCGUGCUCCUCAGCUACACGGUGCUCAUCGGGGCGCUGCUGCUGGCCGGCUGGACCACCUACUUCCUGGUGCUGAAGUGA